GUUGAGAUCGACAUUGCCAAGGUAGGGCUCGAUUGCGACUAUGGCGAUGCGAAUGGAUGGGAGCUUUGGGGAGCCGUCCUACAUAAGUGUCGGCGACCCGUACCAGAGUGCAAGGGAGGCCAGGGUCCACCACAUCCCAAACACCAAGCAGUUUCUGACGACGGGGCCGAAACAUGGCCAGACGGGGUCGAACUGGGGCCCGGGGCCGCGCAAGUUUGUCGGGUUAUCGGGAUCGUACCAAGAAGCGUACAAACAAGAGGCGCAGUAUCGGUUGGAAAACACCAAGAAGAAUGUCAAGCCCAAUGGGUUUGUGUACUCGUCGCAUACGAAAAAGAGUUGUGGCAAAGGCGACUACUUUGGGACGUUCCACGACCGAAAGGACGACGAUGCCAAGCCGCCACCGCCGACGGCGCCAGAAACCAGGAUAAACCCCAAGGAGCGCCAGUUUGAAAAACGCAAUAUCCUGACGUCGCCGUCCAAGAAAGGGACUUUGGGGUACACGGGGACGCUCAUCGGCGGCAAGCCGAUCCCGGCCAUGCCGGCGGAGUUUUACUCUGUCCACAACGCCGCCAAGAAAGACAUGCAGUAUCACAAGGAGAAGCUCGGCGACCGCAAAGCGUUCAAGUCGAUUUCGCACUCGCUCGACUUCUUCGACACGAACGACCACGUCGCGGCAUCUCGUGUGUACGAGUGGGACGAAGACUGCAAGAAGAAGCCUCCCGAACGGGAGGAAAUGAUGAAUCCGAAAGAGCGCGCGGUGGCCCACGCGGCGACGUACAAGUCGUGGAAGCCCACCCAUGCGGGCAAGGAGGGCGAGUCCGGGACGUUUGUGAAAUUCCCCGAGCGCCUCCCCGAUCCGUACGACGAGCGCGUCGUGAACCGAGCGAUGCUGCCAAACCGGCGCAACCCCGUUGAGAUUGCAACACAGGACUUGCCCGAGUCGAUUCGCGAGCGAAAGCCGUUCAAGCCGUCCAACGUUCCCAAGCAAAAGUUUACCAAAGGCACGUGCCUUCUCGGCAUCAACAAGCACAAACUGUAGCCAGUCCUCCGAACGAAUCCAACAAAGACAAACCCGAAUCGACUUGCAUCGUGCUUGCGUCUUCGAGAGGCUUCUGCUGUCCUCGUCGUCGGGGCGGAACUC